UUGGUCUAUUACUACAUAACUGCCACCAGUCGUGCUUAUGAAACGAAAACAUUGGACUCGUCAGUAACAGUAUAUAAAAGGACUCGACUGUACACCGUUUGUAGACACAUUAAGAAGACACAUUUGUUUUAGAAAUGUCCAUUUACAGGAAUGCCGUUUGGUUUGUGAAAGGACUCCAGGAGUAUACAAAGAGUGGCUAUGAAGCUGCAGCCAAGCAUUUUGCUCCAGCAGACCUGGAUGUAAACCUGAGUGGGAGGUCCUUCAUGAUAACAGGUGCCAACAGCGGGAUAGGGAAAGCUACAGCGCAGGAAAUUGCCAGCAGAGGGGGAACCGUUCACAUGGUGUGUCGAAACAAGGGGCGAGCAGAAGCGGCCAAAGAUGAAAUUGUGGAACGGAGUAAAAAUCAGAAUGUUCACGUCCACAUCGUUGACAUGUCCAGCGCAAGACAAGUGUGGGAGUUCACCCAGAACUUCUCACAAAACAACACUGUACACGUACUGAUAAACAAUGCAGGCUGUAUGGUGAACCAGAGAGAGUUGACUGAGGAGGGUUUGGAGAAGAACUUUGCCACAAAUACACUCGGAACGUACAUCCUCACCACAGCAUUGAUACCUGCACUGAAGAAGGUUGAAGACCCGAGAGUGGUCACGGUGUCGUCAGGUGGCAUGCUCACACAGAAGAUGAACGUGGACGACCUCCAGUUUGAGAAGGGGACGUUUGACGGCACCAUGGCCUACGCUCAGAACAAAAGACAGCAGGUGAUUCUGACAGAGAGAUUGGCCUCUCAGCACAAAGAGAUCCACUUCUCCUCCAUGCAUCCCGGCUGGGCAGACACACCAGCUGUCCAGACGUCCAUGCCUUCAUUCCACGCUAAGAUGCAGUCCAAACUGAGGACAGAGGCCAUGGGGGCUGACACCGCGGUGUGGCUCGCUGUGUCUGCAGCCGCCAUAAAGCAGCCAAGCGGACUCUUCUUCCAGGACCGCAAAGCGGUGGCGACUCACCUGCCGCUGGCCUCCUCCAGGUCCACGCCACAGGAGGAGGAGAAGCUUCUGACUACGCUGGAGGAGUUUGCCGUCAAGUUCAAACCUUAACAUCUCCGCAAAUGUCUUAUUGAAACCAAACACUCCUUAGUAAUUAUUAAUGUUUACGUAAUUGCUUAUGUAGGCCUUUUUACAUUUUUUACUAAUACUAUAAAAUGCUGAACACUGUAUUAAUGAAGCCUACAGGGACAAAUGAAUAGAUCACUGAUGCUUUCCUACAAAUGUUACACAAAAUGCAAUGUCUAUAUUAAUUUCUCAUAAUAUAUAAAAUAUAUUGUUUAAUUUCA